AUGGGCGUUGCUGGUGCAACAAGCGUUUUUUAUUAUUUUUUGGUACCAACUUUGAUAUUAUGGUAUGCCUAUUACAAAUUAUCCAGGAGGCGCAUGGAGGUCCUUGCUGAUAAAAUUCCAGGACCUAAAGGCAUUCCUUUAUUGGGAAAUGCAUUGCAACUGAUGGGAUCAUCAACUCAAAUAUUUAACUAUCUUUACGCUGAAUCAUUUAAACAUGGACGAGUGGUGAAAAUUUGGAUUGGACCUAAACUGUUAGUCUUUUUAACGGACCCUAGAGAUGUUGAGAUUAUUUUAAGCAGCCAUGUUGUCAUCGAUAAAGCCCCCGAAUAUCGUUUCUUUAAACCUUGGUUGGGCAAUGGUCUUUUGAUCUCCACAGGAGAUGUUUGGAGGGCACAUAGAAAACUUAUUGCCCCAACAUUUCAUUUGAACGUACUGAAAUCUUUCAUCAAUCUUUUUAAUGUUAAUAGCAAACAAACUGUCGAAAAGUUAAAGAAAGAAAUUGGAAGGGAAUUUGAUUGUCAUGACUACAUGUCUGAAGCAACUGUAGAAAUUUUAUUAGAAACCGCAAUGGGUGUAAGCAAAAAGACCCAAGACCAAAGCUGCUUUGACUACGCCAUGGCUGUAAUGAAGAUGUGUGACAUUUUGCAUUUACGUCAUACCAAGUUUUGGCUUAGAUCAGACUUAAUUUUCAAUCUGAGUCAAUAUGCUGGAUACCAAAAAAAACUUAUUCAUACCAUCCACAGUUUGACUAAAAAGGUUAUCAAAAAGAAAAAGGCUGACUUAAAAAUGGGCAUCAGAGGGUCUACAGCUGAAGUCCCGGAAGAAAUAAAAUUGAAGAUUAAGGAGAAGGAGACUGUUAAUAAAACCACUGUAGAAGGUUUGUCGUACGGACAAUCUUCUGGACUUAAAGACGAUUUGGAUGUUGAUGACAAUGAUAUUGGCGAAAAAAAAAGAAUGGCAUUCUUGGACCUAAUGAUCGAAGCCUCUCAAAACGGAGAAAUGAUCAGCGAUACAGAAAUCAAGGAACAAGUCGACACCAUUAUGUUCGAGGGUCACGACACUACAGCCGCCGGAAGCAGUUUCUUCCUUUGCAUGAUGGGUGUCCACCAGAAUAUCCAAAAUAAAGUUCAUGAGGAAUUGGACACCAUUUUUGGCGAUUCCGACAGACCUGUAACCUUUGCCGACACAAUGGAGAUGAAAUACUUGGAAAGGUGUAUGAUGGAGACUCUAAGAAUGUAUCCACCAGUACCAAUUAUUGCAAGACAGUCAAAUCAGGAAAUUAACUUGGUUUCGGAGAAUUUGACUGUACCAGCUGGUUGUACAAUAGUAAUUAGUACUUUCAAAGUACAUAGACAUGCUGAUAUCUACCCCAACCCUGAAAAAUUUAAUCCUGAUAACUUCUUACCGGAAAAUUUCGCCAAUAGACAUUACUAUUCGUUUAUACCAUUUAGUGCUGGUCCAAGAAGUUGUGUUGGUCGUAAAUACGCUAUGUUAAAACUUAAAAUUCUUCUUGCAACAAUCAUGAGAAAUUUCCAUGUAACAUCAGAUAUCAAAGAACAAGAUUUCCAACUGCAGGCUGAUAUUAUUUUAAAGAGGACAGAUGGUUUUAGAAUUAAAUUACAUCCAAGAAAAUCAAAAGCUUAAUCUUGUUUUUAAACCAUAAAAUACAUAAGUACUUAUAAUAAUUAUUAAUUUAUUAUUGG